AAUUUUCGCAAGGUGGCAUGUAAUUAUGUACCAAGUAUUUACAUACUGAAAUUUGUUUGCUAUUUGUAUAUGUGGAGACCGAAGCUAUUUGAAAACGUCAAUUAUAUUUUCAUAUAAUGUAAUAUGGAAAAAGAACGAAAAGUAUAGAUGAUAUUUAAAGUACAGACUACAGAUAAUUUAUUUGCAUUGACUGCUGAUGGUUAUUAAUUACAUUUUAUGUUGUCAGUUUUUAUACCUUAACCUUAGAUUUUGUCGUAAAAUAAUCUUACGAAUAAUCUUACGAUAUAAUAAUAAUCUUACUUACGAAACAACAAAUAUACCUACAAUGUUGUCCAUUAGUCAAUAUUCUGACACAUGUCCGGAAGAUGUUACUAACAAUUGUACAAAUGUAAUAGAUUCUAGCAUUGCAGAUAGUUGUAAUGAAUCAAGAAUAUUAAAUGAUUUACAAUGUUUUGUUUGUGAUGCAACAAUUCAAGGACGUCAUUAUGAAUUAGCCACAUGUAGAACACAAACUUCAAGAUCUAGAGUAAUAGAGAAACUUGGAGAGCUAGUUGGUGAGAGAUAUAUGGUAGUAAUAUCGGAAGACGAUGUUAUUUGUAGAAGUUGUGCCAAUCGUAUCAAUACACUUGAUAGACUCGAAGUUGAGAUGAUUACAUUGCGUGAUAAAGUAUUAAGAUUUUUGGAACAGAAGUAUUCCUUGGAAGAAGGAGAACUUCUUGACAUUAAUGAAAAACAGAAACGUUCUCAGCCACCGCAAAUCACAAAAUGUAAAGGUCAGCCUGUAACUAAUCAUCGGUCCAAAAAAAGAGACAUUGUCUUACUGUCCCCUGUUAAUGAAAGAAUGAAAAAUAAAAAGAGUAAUAUUUGGUUGCAAUGCGAUAAGUGCCAAUAUACCACUCUUCAUAAUUCAUUUAUGGUACAUCACGUGAGAGAGCACAGUAAACAGAAAGUAUUCUGCGAUAAGUGCGGUGUGCAGUUUUAUGGAAAUCAACAAGAAUCCCAUAAUUGUGAUUUCAAAGAACAUAUAACUGACCAAAAUAGGAAUCCAAAAGAACAUUCAGAACUAUCCAUGAAGGGUAUUAGCGAAACGGUAAUAAAUAUUCCAAUCUUAGAAAAAUCUAUGCAAUCCAACCUACCAAUGAUGACAAUCGAUGCAUAUUCACAGACACAAAUCUCAAAUCAUAAUGAAAACAUACCUGUUAUAAGAUUAUCAAAUUCAGAACAUUUGCCAAUACAAAACAUUUUAACUUCUGAUAACGUUCCAUCUGGUCAGUCAAUAUAUGUACGUGUUUUACAACCAGUUGAAAUUAAUGAAACACCUAUGCAUCCCACAAUGAUAGCUGCAUCGAAUACUGAUCUAGACUUGUCCAUGAAGUUUAAAGACAAUUCAGGAAAGCAAGUUCUGACAUUGACAGAAGAUGGAAGUCUAGAAAUGACAGAAGUAUCAUGCUGGAAUGAUAUACACCCAUCAGAGUCGCAAUCUAAUAUAACGUUUCAGUGAUAUAAAUUUGAGGGGGCCAAUUUGAACACAGUUUUUAUUUACUCUUUUUUUUUAUUAAUGCAGCAAAUAACAAUUACUUAUAACAUAGAAUAAUAUAUAAUUUUUUGUUUGAACUAAACUUAUAUCAGUCUUCAGCAGAUCAAUUGUUUAUUUGUUUCAUUAAAAAUUUAAUGCUGAAGUGUGGUACUGAUUUUCCUCGAUUAAAAAUUGUUUUACUUUAUUGUUCAA